AUGCAGACAGGUGCGGGAACAGUCACAGAGCUCGGCCAGGCUAGGGCGUCGGAUAAGUUGGCGAUUAUUGGCCUUGGGGGCGUUGGUCUCGCUGCAGUAAUGGCGGCGAGACACCGAGGAUGUCGCAUUAUCAUUGGGAUUGAUCGUGUCGAAGCGAGACUUGAUCUUGCCAGGUCACUUGGCGCGACACACACCAUCAACACGUCGACAGUUGGGGGCGGACUUGAACAAGCCGUUCGUGACAUCACUAGCGGUAGUGGGACCACAAUCACUAUCGAUGCCACUGGCGUUGUUCCUUUGAUCCAACAAGGACUUGAGUUCACGGCCAACCAAGGCAAGAUGAUUCUUCUUGGAGUGGCUCCCAUGACUGCAGCCCUUCAGGUUGCUUUGGUAUCCUUCAUGGUGACUGGAAAACAAUCGUUUGGAAGCAUGGAAGGCGGAGUGCGCCCUUCUGAUUACGUUCCCCGAAUGAUUCAAUGGCAUCGUCAAGGCAACUUUCCAAUUGAUAAAUUGGUCAAGUACUACAAGGUUGAGGAGUUUGAAAAGGCGAUUCAUGACAUGGAACAGGGUACCACUGUGAAGCCGAUAUUGCUGUGGUGA